GAAUAAUCUCCAGUGAUGCAGCCAUCGAUGACAUUUACACCAAGAGUGAUCCAUCCUUUCCCCCAGGUUGGACAGACUCUGGUGCCGAUUUCCUGCUGCUCCAGAAGAUUCAGGAGAAUUCUCCCAAAACUUGACCCAAAUGUUCCCCGAAAUCCUGAUCUCCCGACGCCAGAACCAAGUGCUGUGCAGACUCCUUACAUCGUCAUCAUCCCCAGGGUGGACAAUCCCAAACCGUCAAUACCAAAUAAUCUGAAACUACCUGGGGUGUGCAAGAGGAAGCCGGUACUCAGGAUAACUAUCAAUAAAAUGUACAAUGGCGAGGAGACAGAAAUUCCGGAGAGAAAUGGAGUAAGAGAUCUCCAGGAGGCAGUAGACGUCGAGCCACGUGCUGAACAAGUGGAAAUUAGAAACUAUAAAUUGAAUAGAUCUGUUGUGUUCUCUUUAGACCCCACCACCGGUGAAAUCCUCGUCACCAAAAGAGCUAUUCAGGAUUCAGAGGAUUAUUCAGAGGAUCGUAUACAUAGGAUUCGAGAUGUUGAAUCUCUGAAAAAUACAGAGGAAUUGAUAAACACGUGUACAGACACUGGUGGAGAGUGUCAUGUACUUAAUCAAGAUCUAGACGUUCGUGACAUAAAAAGAGAACUUUAAACACAUAAAAAUAAACUUCAGGGAAAUUUUUGUAAAAAAUAGUGAGGGAUUGAAUGGAUAAAUGAGAGAAAAUGAUUUCGUUAACAAUUGACUAUUUGUUAGAAUAUUCGUUUGGAGGUGUUAUUUGUUUCAAGUUUUUAUAUUGUUAUCCAUCAUAGUUAAUCAAAAAAGAAAAAUGUUGGAAUAGUUCAGUUAUCCAUUGGUUGUAUGAGAGAGACAUUUUUCGUCGAAUAAAUAAAUAAGAUAGAUAA